AUGAGAGUGCUCAUCACCGGCGCCUCUGGCUUCGUAGGCCAAAUCCUCGCCAAGUCCCUCCUCUCCCAGGGCCAUACCGUCAUCCUCACCGACCUCCAUGCCCCUCCCAUCCCCGGCGGCCAUUCGCACCCCCACGCCGUCUCCGUUGCCGCCGACCUCACCGUGUCGCCCUUGCCCGCCGCCGCCGCGCUCCACCUCACCCCCGAUCUCGACGCCAUCUACGUGCUCCACGGCGUCAUGUCAUCGGGCGCCGAGUCCGACCUCGAUCUCGGCUACCGCGUCAACCUCUUGUCGACCAUCCACCUCCUCGACGCCGUGCGGGCCACGUGCCGCAUCGGCAUCCGCAUCAUCUACGCCUCGUCCUGCGCCACCUACGGCGCGCCGCUACCACCGCCGCCGCCGCAGUGGCCUUCGGAAACCACACUACCCACGCCGCAGGGCUCCUACGGCACGCAGAAGCUCAUGGUCGAGCUGCUCCUCAACGAUUACACGCGUCGCGGCCUCGUCACCGCCUUUUCUGUGCGCCUGCCCAGCAUCACCGUGCGCGCCGGCGCGCCGACCCGCGCCGCGAGCUCCUGGAUGAGCGGCAUCAUCCGGGAGCCUCUCCAAGGCCAAGAGAGCACCCUCCCCGUUACAGACGACAACUUUCAGUGCUGGGUGUGCUCGCCAAAGACGCUGGUGCGGAAUCUCGAGAAAUGUCUCGAGCUGCCGCGGGACUGCCUGCCGCCGCACAUCAGACAGGUGCUGCUGCCCGGCGUCACGGUGAGCGUGGGCGAGAUGCUGCAGGCGCUGCGGGAGGUGGGCGGGGAGGAGGCGGUAGGAUUGGUGCGGAGGGAGGAGCCUGAUGAGGAGGCGGCGAGGUUGUUUAAGAGCUGGCCGGCCGGCUUUGAUGUAGAGAGGGCGCUGGGUAUCGGUUUCGAGCCGGCGGGGACGUUUCUGGAGGCGGUGAAGGAGUUUGCCGAGGGGCUAAAGAUGAAAGGAGCCUAA